GAUACCCUCCUCGUGCCUGUGUUGCGCGCGCUCGCAUUCCCUCAUCCCCCUGGUUCCUAUUGGCCCGUGCGCUCGAACACCCGCAGGUAUAAAUAGGACCCCCGGCUACCCGGUCACUCCUGUCAUGUCCAACUCUCCUGUCAAGAAGCAGAAGAUGGAAUCCGCGCUCGAGCAGCUGAAGCAGCACACGGUGGUGGUGGCCGACACCGGGGACUUUAAAGCCAUUGAAGAAUACAAGCCACAAGAUGCAACCACAAACCCAUCGCUGAUACUGGCUGCUGCCCAGAUGCCUGACUACCAGGACCUUGUAAAGGAAGCCAUCAAAUAUGGGAAAAAACUUGGAGGGACCGAACAAGAACAGAUUGACAACAUCAUGGACAAGCUGUUUGUCUUAUUUGGAUCUGAAAUCCUUAAGAUAAUCCCUGGAAGGGUUUCUACAGAGGUGGAUGCAAGGUUGUCUUUUGACAAGAAUGGUAUGAUUGAGCGUGCCAAGCGCAUCAUUGCACUUUACAAGGAGAUUGGCAUAGAGAAGGAGAGAAUCUUGAUAAAGCUGUCUUCAACCUGGGAGGGAAUUCAAGCUGGCAAGGUUUUGGAAGAGGAAUAUGGCAUACACUGCAACAUGACUCUCCUCUUCUCAUUCGCUCAGGCAGUUGCCUGUGCUGAGGCUGGCGUAACUUUGAUUUCUCCGUUUGUGGGUCGGAUCUUGGAUUGGCAUGUGGCAAAUUCUGAUAAGAAGAGCUACGAACCCUCAGAGGACCCAGGUGUGAAAAGUGUUGUCCAAAUCUACAAUUAUUACAAGAAGUUUGACUACAAAACAAUCGUGAUGGGAGCUUCCUUCAGAAAUACCGGAGAGAUCAAAGCACUCACAGGAUGCGAUUACCUUACAAUAUCACCCAAACUCCUAGGAGAGCUGAGCAAAGACAACUGCAAACUCACACCAACUCUUACAGUCAAAGAGGCCAAAGCCAGCAAUCUGAAAAAGAUACAUCUAACAGAGGAAGGCUUCCGCUGGCAGCACAAUGAGGACCAAAUGGCUGUGGAAAAACUUUCUGAUGGGAUUAGGAAGUUUGCGGCUGAUGCCAUAAAGCUUGAGAAGAUGUUAAAGGCACGGCUCUCAGAUUCUAAAAACGGACAAUAAACUUGCAGUCCCUCUUUUAUACGUUGAGCCCAGAUCAUUCCUCAUCUCUUCUGCUCGAAGUGCUCUAGGCAUCCUUGGAGUCCUCUGACUUUCACACUUUUAUCUACAAUAUCCUUAAGCAAACAGAACCAAACAUAAUUAAUCUACAUUAUAAGUUUUUUGUAAAUUGGUAAUUUUUUUUCCACUGAUUAAAACCAGUACUUACCCAGAA